CCGCCCGUUGUCUCGUCAAUAGGGCCUCUGCUUCCGCUGGCAGAAUGAUUGUGAAUUGUGCUUUUCUUUUUUAGACCGGAGUUGAAUCAAAAUACUCGCAUGUCAUUACAUUCAAUCCCGCCCACGUUAUAUCCGGGAAUCAGUCAGGGAAAGAGAACUGGCCGGGGAGGAGAGAGCGGUGUCAGAGCGCUGAUUCCGGGGACGAAGAGACAAAGAAGUAAAAGAAACAGGUCCUGUGUGAUGCCGAGGACCAAGCGGUAUUAGUUCCGAAGUAAGGAAUUUUGUUGACUGGGAUAAACCCGGGAAUGGACCAGAGGGCGGAGAGCCUCUCUUAGAACACGGGGAAUAAUACGUGGUAAGAGGAGCC